CCUUAUCUUCUUCUUCUUCCCGCUCCCAUUUUCGGGGUUUUGCUUCCUUUCGCCAUUUAAAUGCGAUCUGGUUUCUCCCUCUAAGUUUCUAUACUUUUUCAGUAGUAGUUUCUCAGGCGCUGCCGAUCAUGGAUCUGACUGAACAAACGAGAUCGGAGUCGGAGGAGAGCAAUGCGAGUAGCCAUGUCAAGAGCUGCAGCGAUUGUAAAACCACCAGAACGCCGCUCUGGAGAGGCGGCCCGCGGGGGCCUAAGACGCUGUGUAACGCUUGCGGGAUCAAGUACAACAAGAAGAGGAGGCAGAUGCUCGGCCUGGACCGGGGGAGGGAGGAGAGGAGGAAGAAGCGGAUGCAAGGCGGCGGCAGAGUAGGCGUUGCAACCAGAGGAAGCGGCGGCGGCGGGAGCACGGAGUCGCUGAGGACGAUGUGGAUGGCGCUGAAAGGAGAGUCGGCGAUUCGGCGAUCGGAAAAGCUGUUGAGUCAGUUGAGGGAGGAGGAACAGGCGGCGAUUCUUUUGCUGGCUCUGUCUUACAGCUCCGUUUACGCUUAGACCCGACCCGGCCCGGCCCAGAAACAAAUUUUACCGUUGCGGUGAAACGGCUUGAAACCCUAAAGCCCCGAUCACCGCAUUGGGCGGUUUUUACCGCCGUAAAAUCCCUCUAGGUGUAGGAUUUGCUAAUCCAUUGUUAACCUCUAGCUAAUUCUGAUUGUUACAAACAAUAAAUCGAAAGGCUAUGG